CACAUCCCUAUCCCAACCGCCGUUGAACUAAACUACUUAAAGUCAAGAUGGCGUUUAGUGGAGAAUACGUUAUUGUGUUUACAUAGUUCUGUGUUCAGUACAUACAUGGACACACACAUUCUGUUUGGUAGAGUAAACCUCGUUAGUCAUUGUUUGUAUCCGGAUACAUUAGUCUGAGCGCACUUUAUCGCGUCUUGUGCUACCUUAGCUUGCUAGUUAGCUUAGCUUGUUAGCUGCUAACAAAGAGACGCGGACGUUAUCAACACAUCGCUAAGUAGAGAUCAAAUGUGAGUGUAAAGUGUUGUGAUUGUGUGAAAAUAUGCGAAAGAGCGAUAGCAAAGUAUGAGGAGGAAGUUUGUCCAACAAAAGAGGAGAAGGAGCGACAACAUCAACUAUAGGACGCUGUUUUCAAGAAACAUCAAGUUGUGUUACACAGAACAGACGUCCAGCAGCUCCCACACAUUAAAGAGGAAAAAGAGGAUCCACAGCCCCUGGACGCUGUUUUCAAGAAACAUCAAGUUGUGUUACACAGAACGGGCAAAAUCAGGAUGGAACUGGAAGAACCACAGUCCCCCCACUUUAAAGAGGAAGAGGAGGAACACAGCAUCAGUCAGGAGGGAGAUCAUAUUGAGGGACUGGUGGAGUUCCCAGUGACUGGUGUCCCGGUGAAGAGUGAAGAUGAUGACGUCAAAGGCAAAAUCAGGAUGGAACUGGAAGAACCACAGACCCCCCACUUUAAAGAGGAAGAGGAGGAACACAGCAUCAGUCAGGAGGGAGAGAAGCUUGAAUGGUUGGAGGAGUUCCCAGUGAUUAGUGUCAUUGUGAAGAGUGAAGAUGAUGAGGUCAAAGGUGAAAGUGAGGAGAAGAGAGAGGCGGAGCCUCCAAGCAGCAGCUCAACACAACACAUGACAACAGAAGCUGAUGGAGACCACUGUGGAGGAUCACAAGCAGACAAGCUCUUAGCUCCACUAUCAGAUAGUGAGGACACAACGUCACACUCUCCUGACACUGAUGAUGAACACUGUAAAGAUGAUAAGACAUGUCACACUGACAACACUCACUUGAAAUGUUCUCUAUGUGAAAAAACUUUUAAUUACCGUGGUCCUCUGAAAAGACACAUGAGAAUACACAGUGGAGAAAAACCUUUUACCUGCUCACUCUGUGAUAAAGAUUUCAUUCGAUGUGACACUUUAAAAGUACACAUGAGGUCACACACUGGAGAAAAACCUUUUUGCUGUUCAAUCUGUGGUAAAGGUUAUACUACAAAAAGGAGUUUGAUCAAACACACAGUAAUACACACUGGAGAAAUACCUUUUUCCUGUUCAGUCUGCGGCAAAGAUUUCAAUGAAAGUCAACCUUUGAAAUUCCACAUGAGUACACACACUAGACGACAACAUUUUACCUGUUCAGUCUGUGGGAAUGGUUUUGCUAAAAGUUAUCAUUUGGAAGUGCACUGGUGAAACAAUAUUUUCCUGUUCAUGCUGCGACAAAAGCUUUUGUAAACCAUCAGCACUGGUAGGACACAUGAGAAGACACACUGGAGAAAGACCUUUCCUUGUUUAAUCUGUGGUAAAGGUGUUACUGAAAAGAGGAGUGUGAUAAAACACACAAUAAUACACACUGAAGGAAAACCUUUUACCUGAUUAAUUUGUAGUGUGUGCUGGAAUAUGAUUAUAAUUUGUAGUGUGUGCUGAAAUAUGAUUUAAUAAGUAUUAGGGUAAGAAACACAUUUAAAUAAAAUGUCAGAACUUUAAAGAAGUUAAAGUACCAAUGAUUGACACACACACACACACACACUAGGUGUGGCGAAAUUAUUCUCUGCAUUUGAUCCAUCACCCUUGAUCACCCCCUGGGAGGUGAGGGGAGCAGUAGGCAGCAGCGGUGGCCGCGCCCGAGAAUCAUUUUUGGUGAUUUAACCCCCAAUUCCAACCCUUGAUGCUGAGUGCCAAGCAGGGAGGUAAUGGGUCCCAUUUAUAUAGUCUUUGGUAUGACUCGGCCGGGGUUUGAACUCACAACCUACCGAUCUCAGGGCGGACACUCUAACUUUGACCUUCUAAAAACAUCACCACAUAUAAUAUGUGUGACAUCAUUGUCGUGUGUGUAACACAAUCUUGUCAAUAUGCUUCUAACAUGUAUAGAUUACAUUUUUUGUUUAAGUAACUGUCCCUACCACAUUCUGGACGUGUUGGAAUGUAAAACUGUGUUAUAUACACUAACUGUAUGCAUGUACACAAUAAACCGAUGCCAAUAGCAAACAACAGCAGCAUAAAGAGGAGUCAUUUCAAAUGUAACUCAAUGCAUGAAGUGAAAUAAAAGUAAAUGUGUGAAAAUAAGAGACGCUAGAAGACUUCGGACUAACAGAAUGGAAAAAGUGAAAAGUUUGUUCAUAUGACUGGUGUUCCAAACAAGCUCUGCUUAAAGGCCUACUGAAAUGAAUUUUUUUUAAUUUAAACGGGGAUAGCA